UAUUAUUUACUUUUGAAGUUGUUACACGAAGUAACCCGAAGUGAAUGUUUUGAGUACACAGUGUUUGCUUGCUGACAAGUAUUUGGGAGCAUCUGGUAGUGGGGAGAAGGGUGUUGAACAAAAGAGAUUGUUUUGCCAGCUCCAGAGAAGUGGUGCCUUUCAAGAUGCUGCAUUACUUUACAGCUGUGACUUAACUUGAAUAGAGCCGUAAGUGUGCUUGUUCAUCAAACAGGAAGGGAAGUGUUAGAGAUUCUAAUUAAUGUCUCCAAAGUGAAGAAGAGAAAAAAAGAAGGACCUGUGAUAAUUGCCUAUGAUAAUUCAUUUCUUGAGAAACCAUAUUAUUGAGUGGAAAUUUCAAGGUAUUUAAUCUUGGAGAAAUGGCUUUCGUUCAUUUGGAUGUGAGACACUUCUGUACCCUGCUUAUUUGCACAACGUUUGUCUCUGUGCCUUCAAAUGCUGAGAUAAAAGUUAAUCCUCCUGAGGAUUUUGAGAUAGUGGACCCUGGAUAUUUAGGUUAUCUGUCUUUGCAAUGGCAACGUCCACUGUUUCUGGAUAAUUUUCAAGACUGCCCAAUAGAAUAUGAAUUAAAAUACCGAAACAUUGGUAGCAAAUAUUGGAAGACCAUCAUUACCAAGAAUCUACAUUACAAAGAUGGGUUUGAUCUUAACAAAGGUGUUGAAGCAAAGAUACACACACUUGUGCCAGCACAAUGCACAAAUGGAUUGGAAGUUCGAAGUUCAUGGUCAGAAGCUACUUAUUGGACAUCACCAAGAGGAAACGAGGAUACCAAAGUUCGGGAAAUGGACUGUGUAUAUUACAACUGGCAGCAUUUACUCUGUUCUUGGAAACCUGGCGUGAGUGCCCAUUUGGUUACCAAUUACCAAUUGUUUUACUGGUUUGAGGGCUUGAAGUAUGCAAUACAGUGCCCCGAUUACAUAAAGGCUAAUGGAAAAAAUACAGGUUGCAGGUUUCCCCAUUUGGAGUCAUCAGACUAUAAAGAUUUCUAUAUCUGUGUUAAUGGAUCAUCAGAAUCCCAUCCUAUCCAACCCAGCUAUUUUAUUUUUCAGCUUCAAAAUAUAGUUAAACCUUUGCCACCAGAGUACCUUAGUCUUACCGUGGAGAAUUCAGAGGAAGUUAACCUGAGAUGGAGCAUGCCUAAAGGACCCAUUCCAGCCAAAUGUUUUAUUUAUGAAAUUGAAUUCACCGAAGAUGACACUACCUGGGUGGUACGAACAUUGCAUUUGUUUGGAAAAAACACUACCACAGUUGAAAAUGAGAUACAAAUCACAAGAACAUCAAAUGAAAGUAAAAAAUUAUGCUUUUUGGUAAGAAGUAAAAUAAAUAUGUAUUGCUCAGAUGAUGGACUCUGGAGUGAGUGGAGUGAUGAACAAUGUUGGAAAGGUGACAAAUGGAAGGAAACCGUAGUAUUUUUUUUGAUACCAUUUGCUUUUAUCUCACUGUUUGUUUUGGUAAUAACUUGUCUGCUUUUGUAUAAUCAAAGGGCUUUACUGAAAACGAUCUUUCAUGCAAAAAAAGAAGUCUUUUCUCAUCAGGAGACAUUUUUUUGACUCAUUAACUUUCAGUCCUAUGACCAAAUGUUAAAUAUGAGUCUUAUUAAACUGAAGCUUUUCACCAAAUAUUGAAUAA